CGGAGAACGGCGACCGACAGGGCGCUUUAUUUGAAUUCGUGACUCGCGACAGUAAAUAGCAAAAAGAAACAGUGAAUCAGUAACCGCCAUUGGGUUUUGUGAUUAUUUUUAUUUGUGUAUUUUAAAAGUGCUAAGGUUUAUUUUAAGUGCUAUUUGAAACGGCUGCUUGACAGAAUGGGCAUAUUCCAUAGUAAAGUUGCUCCAGUGAAUAAACAAGGCUAUCAAUUAAACAUUCUAGAUCCACGAUCUCCAACGGUAAACAUCAAUCGAAGUCCAAUCGGAAAUGAGAACAUACAAGAUAAACCAUCAAUCACAAAAGUGCGGGAUCUUACUUCAGACUUGACGGAAAUUCUAGACAACGCUCAAACUCCAAACCGCCUUACUAGUGAUAAUUUGCAAUCAAUCUUUGAUCCACGCUCGCCAAGUUUGUUCACCAGAACGCCGCUCGUUUUGGAUGAGACCGAUACAUCAAACGUAAGCCUCAGAGGAGUUUCUCUCGAGUAUGAAGAAAUCAGUUGCGAAGAGGAACUCUCUUUCGGUGAGAAGUCGCUGUCUUUUAAAGAAUGCGAAGAUGUUCCGGAAAUAACAAUCACAGCACCCACCGAAGAAGUCGCUAGUCUGUUCAGUGAUAUAAGUUUAAAUACCGAACUGAAAAUGGAGAUAGACUGUAUCGUCCAGAAAUUAUAUGAUUCAGGUAAAGAUCCUCGUUCUCCUUCGACCCAAAUCCAAAGGACACCGAUUGUUUUCGACGAAACAGAAGAAAAAGAGGAAGAAGAAGGCAUGGAUAACGAACGCGAUAAACAAGAAGAGAAACGGGAAGAUGCCACAAAUGCGAAGUUAACUAAUAUUUAUCAGGACGAAAAUAGAGUGGAAACACCAAAAAAGGAUAAAAUCGUCAACAGCAAAAGCGCUCUCAGUGCCACACAACGUACGCCUUUGGGUUGUGUGACGAAUGUGAAGACACCGGGCAACGGUAUCAGUGAACUACGAAGGACCACACUUCUUGCACAGAUGAAGCAAAGUGCGGCGGCUUUAGGAAGCAGCACGGAAGUAGUUGCCAAUAGACGAUCGCUCCCACGGUCUAAAAUACCAACGCUAAGAAUGAAAUAAUUGAAUCAUGAUUCAAACAGAAGGCUCCGUCGAUUCUUUAACGCAUCGUCCAACCCAAUAUGAACUAUUGUAAAGUUUUCAGGACAAUUUCUACUGGCCUUACUAAAAGAAGAUUAGAACUGUUUUUCUUGAUUCAAAA